ACACGCUUCACUUACUAAUCAACAGUUGACAACAGCAUCUAACGAUUAUCAAACAACUAAUUAACAUAAAAUGUUCAUAUAACAAUCUAGUGAUGGAGAGUAGCAUAGGCGUUGAUGAGAGCCAAGGCGUUGCUGGUGAGCUGACCAAUCGUCUCAAUCUUCCCUCUCACCGCCGUCUUCAUCUCCCCGUCGGCCACGGCCUUCUCCGCGAACCCGUCGGUGCACGUGCUCUCGUCGGUCAAGGCGGCGCUGACCCACGU